CUUAAAUUAAAUUGAAACUGAAUCUAAUUAGUAUAUGAAGCCAAAAGACAAAAUACUUCAAAUCGGGUGUGGAAACUCAACUCUUGCUGAGCAGUUGUACGACUCCGCUUUUCGAAACAUGUGUAACAUUGAUCUCAACGCCACUGUGAUCAAACAGAUGAAAAAGCGAAAUGCGAAAAAUCGACCUGGGCUUCAUUUUGAAGCGAUGGAUGCGACAAAUUUAGCUUACGAUAAGGAUACUUUUAACGUUGUUCUGGAUAAGGGUACAGUUGAUGCCUUGUUUUCUGCAGGAUCGGAACAUUCUGCUGAUUUGACCAAAACCAAUUUCGAUUCUUUUUGUGAAAGCGAAUCAGAUAUAUCAAGUUUCCAGUUGUUUUCCGAAACUGAAAGAGUACUAAUGGCUUCUGGUAGAUUUGUGUGUGUGACUUUAGCCCAGCCUAUUGUGUUGCGAAGAGUUUUGUGCUACUUUUUGAAAAAAUCAGAGUUUUCGUAUAUUGUGAGAAUGCAUCAUGUCAAACUUGAGAAGUCGUUUGACAUGCCAACUUUUUGUCUCGUUUUGUUCAAGAUGAAAGCGGGGCUUAAAUUGCCAACAGUCUUUGAAACUGAUUUCGGUUCUGGAAGUGCGUUUAAAUGCAAAACUGCCGACCAGUUUCUGGUUGAAAUUGAAUCGUUCCAGAAGCUUUACUUCUUAUCUCGCAAAGUCACAUCUCUGAAAGGCGAGAGUUCAGGAUCUGUUUUCACAGACAUGAUGAGUUCAGAAGGGUCAAUUAGGUACAGAUGCUAUGUGGUCAAUAACCAAAAUGUGAAGAAGCCUUCCUACGCAGUGUUCGUCUGUCCUCAGUUUGGCGAAAGUGAGAACAUUUGGCUUUAUUUGACCUCAAAAGGCAGAAUGGAGUUGGUCUGCUCUCAUAUCAAACAGUACAGCAGAGUGCUGUUAGUCAUGUUGAAUCCAUUGGUCAAUUAUGGAGGAUUAGAUAGCAUUAAGGGCGAACUUAGCAGCAGUGUAAUGGCGUUUGCGCCAGAUGGAUUGCCGGCGUCCUUCAAGACUCCCUUCCUCUCAAUGGGAACAGUGAUCGGAUCAGAAGUCAAAAUUCUAACUGAAUUCUCAACAGAAAAGACUGACGAUUCACUGAGUAUAAUCAAGUAUUCAAAACAAACCGAAGAAGAAACCAAUCAGUAUUCAAAACAGUUGAUAAGCAACAAGAAUCCCUUCAAUUUCAUCUGCUCUCUGAAUUUUGAAGAUGAUAGCGAUAAGUUAACAGCGUUCAAAUCUUGCGAAUUGUCUGACUUUGAAUUUUUAGUUGCCCUGGUAAUUUGCAAUAUAGAUGUGAAAAUAGCGAUGACAAAUCACAAGUUUUCUGUUAAUGUUUUUGGUAUUCGGUUUUUUGCUCUGGUUGCGUUUUUUGAUCAGAUUCUAUCAACCAGUAUUGAAUCGAGAUGUUUUGAGAAGGACAAGGAGUUAAUUGGAUUCGUAAAAGAGCACUUUGUUGAUGGCAGAAUGAGCGAUGAUUGUUUGGCCCAUGUUAGCGACUGUCCCGUUUUGAACUCUCAGAAAGUGUCGCAAAACAAAAUGAAAGCAGAUGCUGUCGUCCUUGAUUCUGAUUGGCUGUUCUCUGUCGGCCAAUCAGAUGAGAGUGAUGAGAUUGAUGCGAUGAAAUUGGGACAGCAACUACUCACACAGAUAUCGGACUCUCUUUUGCCAACUGGUUGUGUCCUGAUGCGUCUGCAGGACAGUCAAAGUUGGCGAGAGACGAAUUGUAGAGAUGUGACCUUUGAGGAAAUGAAUGAACUAGUGAUGCGUAUGAGCAAAUCUGUGUUCACACACGUAGCAGUUGUGAAGAUGAAGAAAUGGGAGCAGAAGUUACUCAUUCUAUCUCAAAGCUCCCUCAAGAGUCUCAAUGUGUUCGACUGUGGUAUCAAAUUCUUCAAAUCUCAGUUUUCGUUUAACCCCGAACAGCUGCAGGAAAUUGUGGAAGUUAUCAAGUUUCUCUGAAGACGCUUAAGUCAUUUUCUUUGGACGCAAAAUUUGUGGACCAAAAGAUUUUUAUGCAAUGAUGAUGCUCACUUACAUCUUGUUGGACUUCUUAGAUUACUUGAUUUGGUUAAAAAGGUUUUGAAAAUCUGAUUGCUAUUUUGUGUUUAGGACUAAAUUAAAUUCAAUUAAUUUACACAAUAGAAAAAAUGUGUUUGUGAUCAAAGUAAAAUAUAUGUGAUAUUUUUCUGA